GACUCGAAGAAGAAAAGAAAAUGAUGCUGCUUCUGACCACUGCUGUUCGAUAACACUCAUAUAGAGUAAAAACGCUGUCAUGUUUAGCGUUGGAUAAAUAGUUUAAUAGGCGGAACUGCAAAACACCAGUUGAACAUCAGCCGAGUCCCCUUAAAGGGGACAUCAGAGCCAUGGCUACUGCACAGUCUGCUGUAACGUUUGCAGUGUGCAUCCUCAUGAUAACAGAGCUGAUUCUUGCCAAGAAGGACUAUUAUGAUAUACUGGGAGUGCCCAAAGAUGCUACUGAGCGACAGAUAAAAAAAGCUUUCCACAAGCUUGCAAUGAAACAUCACCCAGAUAAGAACAAGAGCCCAGACGCCGAAGUGAGAUUCAGAGAAAUAGCUGAAGCUUAUGAAACUUUAUCAGAUGAAACCAGAAGAAGGGAAUAUGACCAGAUUGGGGACCCUUCUGCGUACUUCACUGGGGAGACGCAAGGCAGACACAGACAGGGUGCCCACCAACCUUUCAGCUUCAACUUUAAUGACAUUUUCAAGGACUUUGACAUCUACAGCCAGAACAGGCAUGCCCGUUUCCGAAGACACUUUGAUGAACACUCCAGGUCCCACAAGGAGUCCCACAACAGACAUAAGAGACACUUUCAGGGAGGUUUUGGAGCAGGUAUUUUUGAUGAAAUGUAUGAGGACAUUGAGAGAAUGUUUACCUUUGACAGACAAACCAAACAGACUGACAACCGGUUUCAAGGUGCAUCAAAACAACACUGUAGAACAGUGACACAGCGCAGAGGAAAUAUGGUAACCACUUACACAGACUGCACUGCAUCCUAAAAUGCAAUGUAAUACUACUUCUGACUCAAAAUUGCCUUAACAGGAUACAAUACUGUUGUAUUGAUUAGGUAAUGGAAAGCCGUUUGGUUCAAAUGCUGUGAAAUUUAAGCAGUGAUAUUGAUUUCUGACAUUCAGGCACAGAAUGAGAAACAGUGAACACUCAGUUUAGUUAGCUUAGGUCCAAAUAUGAUAAGCUAUGUUUUGUUCAAGCUAUUUUCUGUGUGUGCUCAUGGACUUGUAAAUGAUUGUAGUAGUUCUUCACUUAUUGUUGAAAUAAGCUGACUGGGAUUGUUUUGUCAGUAUUUUCAAGCACCUUUUUGAUAGUUUGUUGUUUAGAAAUAUUAAACAAUCUUACUAAAUUCAGGACAGGAUUACUGAUGUGUUAGUUAACCACUAGUUCACUAUUUCCACCUUGUUCUUUUGUGCAGUUUUUAGUUUCUUUUGUAUAGGUUUUGCUGUUGUGGGUCUCAAACACACAACUGAAUGUAGAAACAAAAGCAGCCAGUGGAGUUUUCCUCGUGUCAGCAAUGUCAACAGGAAUUUGUGACUCCACAUGUUGACUUGUUUAACUGAUGUUUGCACUACAUUUUGUUGAAUUAUUCAUGUACUCCACGUUGCCAGUCACAUUCUUGAACAUUGUUUAUUUCUGUAUUUUUGGUUAAAUUUCCAUCAGUGCAAUUGUUAAUAUCUGUGAACUAGACAAUAUAAGUAGAAAAAAGUAAAACAUUAAAGCAUUAGUGUUAUUAUUGCAUUAUAAUGUUUUUGUUUUCUUGUUGAUUAGUCUCUACUGAAUAAGUUGCAACCAUUCUGAUUUCUGAGGCACACCUUUACUAAUAUUUUUCCAGAUGUAGAGAAUUUAAUCAGACUUUGCAAUUACAAUGCUGGAAAUUUAACCAGAAAUCCUAGAAUAUAAAUAAAUAUGUUUGACUGGCAUGGCAGACAAGGUACAAGGAAUGUUAUGUGUAAACUAACUUGCAGAGGACCAUUUGAACUAUAAACUGGCUGUAGGUUUCAUGACCUCUUAUUCUACUGGUCAAGUUUUUUUGUUUGUUUGUUCUUUUAAAAUUAACAUUCAAUGAAAGAAUACUGCAGUACCACAAAGCUGAAGAAAUACUAUUGAUGAAAUCCAGUACAUGCUGUUACCCUAACAUAUCAUCUGUUACAUUUAAACUAGUUACCGUGACAUGCUCCUUUUACAUUGUAGUGUGCAAUAUUUAUUUCCUAUAUGGAUGGUGUUGUACAUAUUCCAUGGCACUUUCAUUUUUGUAUAAAAAUGUGUUUUGAGAAAUAAAACGUAGAGACCAAA